UUUUUUUUUUUUUUUGCUUCUUUUUCAUUUUACUCCCAUUCAAUAUAUUUAUUUUUCUUUUCACUCGCCAUGAGCACAUUGCGCUUACUUGGCCGAGAAAUCACUGCUGAGACUGACACUCUUAUUGGCGUUCUUCUCUCUAUAUGUGGCAAUAUUCUUAUAUCCUUUGCCUUGAACAUUCAAAAACUAGCACAUAAUCGACUUUCAGACGAAGAGGAUAAUAAAAGUAGUAAUAAUAAUAAACGUGACAUUCUUCCAUCGGCAUCGUCGCGAAGAUCUUCACACUCAUCUUCUUGCUCGGACCAUGCAGUCGCCGCCCCUGGAAAGCAGCAUUUGUAUUCCGACACUCAGAUAAAAGCGAAUGAUGGAUGCAUCGAGUGUGGCGAUCAUAACCAUCACACUGAUAAUAGUAAUGCAACCACUCAAUAUCUCAGAUCCAAAGUGUGGUGGCUAGGCAUUAUAUUGCUUGGCAUUGGCGAAAGUGGCAAUUUUAUUGCUUAUGGAUUCGCUCCCGCAUCCACAAUCGCUCCACUUGGCACGACGACUUUGAUAUCAAACACAAUUCUUGCACCACUGCUUCUCGACGAGUCUUUCCGCAAGCAAGAUUUCUUUGGUGUCUUGUUGGCUAUGCUAGGUGCUGCCGGCGUUGUAUCCAGUACAAAACACAGAGAGACCAAGCUGUCACCUGAAUUGGUUGCUGCAGCGCUCAUGCAACCACGUUCCAUCAUAUUCUACAUUGUAUCAGGCGGUCUCAUUAUCUUACUCACCGUUGUAUCGCCCCGGUACGGCUCGAAAAACAUACUGAUCGACCUGGGUUUGGUGGCACUUUACGGCGCCUAUACCGUCAUUGCCACCAAAAGCCUCUCCUCCAUGCUAAAUAUUACAUUGUACAAACUCUUCACUUAUGCCAUUUCAUACAUUCUACUCGUCCUUUUAUUCUACACCGCCAUUCUACAGAUCAAAUACCUUAAUAAGGCAAUGCAGCGAUACGAUUCGACUGCCGUUAUUCCUACCCAAUUCGUAUUAUUCACCCUAUCAGCCAUUGCAGGAAGUGCCGUUAUUUAUCGAGAUUUCGACGACGAUGAUCCCGCGGAUCUUGCCAGAUUUGCAGCAGGAUGUCUUACCGAGUUUUUGGGAAUAUAUCUGAUUACAUCAGGUCGACACGCAUCAAAAUCCUCUUCUUCUUCUGCUGCUGUGGUGGAUGAUGGCAAUAAUCAUGUUAAAGGAUGGCAGCAGCAGCAGCAGCAACACCCAUCUAGCACUCCUCGACAUGAUGAUAUCACCACUGUGAACAUGAACAACAACAGUAAUGAUCCACCCUCCAUAUCCGUUCGACCAUCAACACCUUGCUCCAUUUCAUCAUACAUUUCUUCAGCAUCAACAUCAUCAAGGGGUCAUAAAGGCAGAGGAUUGGCCGAGACAACACCGCUCCUAUGCGACCGUGCUCGUAUGAUAGUUGACGACGAUGAGCCUUACCAUAGCAGUGUAUCCAGUCAUCAUUCCAUAAGGAGGCAAGGUUCCAUGUUUUGUGGCAUAUCGCUCCAUUCACAAUUAGCCGGAGGCAGGAUGAGUGAUGAUGAGCGAUUGCCCACAUCCGAUAACACUACACCUGAUACCCGACGCUAAACCAUCUAUUACGGCCGAACAUGGAUGGUGAUAUGCGUGAGAGAGAGAUAUAUACCAAGAACAAUGACACACUGUACCAUAACACUUAUUAACUGGAUAUGGAGGAAGCGAGCGGUGUCAUUCCAUCAUUUCUCAAUCUACUAUCCACCUAUACACACACCCAUUUUGAAAACCGACAAACAUCCAUUACUUUCUUAUACACACAUCUUCAUUGUAAUACUUUCGCAUUUUGCAUGUUGAUAUAAUCUUAAUGCUGUUUUGAGUGUAUUCUUUUCUCAAACGCGCAUCCAACAAUUUUGAAAGUUAAGAAGACAAACAAACAAAAAAUC